AGUUCUAUAUUUAAAAUAGCUUUGACAAGUUCUAUCAAUGUAGAAACAAUUGCCAAAUAAAAGCUUUCAAUCCGUUAAUCAAAUUUAACAGAGUGAAAAUGAUGAGAAAUCGAUUGAUACUUUUGCUUAUAAUAACAACUCUUGGAUGUCAAACAACGUUGAUAAACCUUGGAAUGAAGAACAAAGGUUUAGUGUCGGAAUUUCUUGACAAUUUACUUAUGAAGAAGAAAGAGUUAAAUGAAUCUUUGGGUGAUUUAUGUGAUGAGAAUCUUUGUGAAUUAGCAGAUGAUGGCAGUCGAAGAGAGCAUGUUGCAUGUAUCAAGAAUAAUAAUUAUGAAUCUUCAUGUCCAGUGGAGACAACAUUUAUAGAUUUUAAACUCGAAGAACGAAAGGUUAUAACAGGUCUUCAUAACGAGAUAAGAAAUUUAAUCGCUUCUGGCCAGAACGAGAGAUUCAAGUCUGCUCAAAGAAUGGCAUUUAUGAAGUGGAGUAAAUCACUCACUUACGUAUCAUCAUUCAAUGUACUCAAAUGUGAAUUCAGUCAUGACAGAUGUCGAAACACAAAACGUUAUAAAUAUUCCGGACAAAAUUUGGGAAUUCGUCAAACAUCAAAUAGAGCUGCUAACCGUACAGAAUUGAUGAAUCAUUUUAGCGAUCUUAUAAGAUUGUGGAUCGAGGAGAACAAAUACUGCAAUCAAUCAUUUAUUGACUUCUUCGAGCCUCAUCCGAAUACUUCAAUACAAAUUGGCCACUUCACGGUUAUGGUUCGCGAUGAGAAUCCAUAUGUCGGUUGUUCAGCUGUCGAGUAUUUUCUAGACAAUGACUGGUUCUAUAUGAUUGCUUGCAAUUAUGCUACAAACAACUUCCAUUCAGAAGGAGUUUACGUACCCGGAAAAAGUUGUUCUGGGUGUCAUACUGGCUGUCACGCCAACUACACUGCAUUGUGUAGUCAAAAUGAAACUUAUCUAUUAUGUGACAUUAAAAUAAGAGUGAUAUAUAAAAGACAAAAGAUGAAGUUCCUUGAAAAGAUUUUUGUGCUACUCGUGACCGGCUGGAUUUACCUCGCUGAUGCUCAAAAUUACUGCGAUUCGAGUUUAUGUAGUGGCAGUUCACAUAUUGCCUGCAGACAUUCCGGGCUCUUCUCAUACACAUGCCCUGCAGAUCGGCACUUGAUUCGUCUGUCAAGAGAUCAAAAGCAAACAAUUCUAAACACUCACAAUUUUCUGAGAUUCAUGCCGGAACACUUACAUGACAUUGGACACUUCACACAAAUGGCUUACGAUCGUGCAACUCAUGUCGGUUGUGCCUUUGCUCGUUACACUGAUAGUUACAAAACUGGACUAUUUGCUUGUAAUUAUGCAUCUGGAAACAUUAAAGGUUACAAAAUUUAUAAAUGUGGAUCGCCAGCUUCAGGAUGUCUCUUUGGAAAGAAUCCUUCAUAUCCUGCUCUUUGUAAUGUUAAUGAGCCGAUCGAUCCAAAUCAGAUUUAUUGAUCAAUAAUUUGAAAGAAAAAGAAGCUUUUAAAACAAAUUAUUGUGACAUUUCGUGUCGUCUGACUGAAACAAAUUGAAUAAGAAUUUUUUUAAAUACUUCGUAACACAAUAAUUGCAUUGCCAUAACUUUCAUCAAUUCUUUUCCCAGAAAUUUUCAUGGCAUUUCACUCAUGAAUAAAUUAAGUUUUUUACUGAAUAUAAGAAUAAAGAAAAAUAUUUUUAAGAACCGGAGAUACAAAAUGAUGAAAUAAAAAUUUAAAAAAGUU